AUGGAGCUUACCAAGUGUCUCUGCUUCCUUGCCGCCAUCCUCCCCGUGGCUUAUGGCGCGCCAUCCCAGACGUCCAGCAGCCUUCACCCCCAGAUCUUGGAGGCCAUGAAGCGCGAUCUGGGGCUCAACGCCGAGCAGGCCACUGCCCGCGUCGCCCGAGAGCUCCAGGCCACCACGGUCAUUGAGCAGGCGCGCAGCGCUGUCGGCGACUCGUUUGCUGGAGCUUGGAUCGACGGCGAUGCCGUCCACGUGGGCAUCACCGACCAAGCCAUGGCCGAGACCGUGACGUCUGUCGGUGCCACGCCCGUCGUCGUCAACAACAGCCUGUCCAAGCUCGAAAGCGCCAAGGCGGCCCUGGACAAGAUCUUCAUCGGCCAGGCUCGCGCUGCCGGCCCUUCCAACGAAGGCAUUGCAUCCUACUUUGUCAACGUCAUCUCCAACAAGCUCGUCAUUGAGGCGCUUCAAGACAGCCACGGCCAUGCCCAGGAGCUAGCCUCGCAGGUUGGCCUGGCUGCCUCGGACUUUGAGGUACGCACUGUCGAUAGCAUGCCCACCAUCAAGGCCACCGUCCAGGGCGGCGACGCCUACUACAUUGACGGCCGAGCCCGCUGCUCUGUUGGCUUCAGCGUCACCACGGGCUUUGUGUCGGCCGGCCACUGCGGCGAGCCAGGCUCUUCGGCGACGACCAGCAGCGGCGCCGCUCUGGGCACCUUCUCCGGCUCUGUCUUCCCCGGAAGCGCCGACAUGAGCUACAUUCGAACCGUCAGCGGCACCACUCUUCGCGGGUACAUCAACGGCUACGGCCAAUCAAGCAUCCGCGUCUCUGGGAGCACCGAAUCUGCUAUUGGAGCAAGCAUCUGCCGCUCCGGCUCUACCACCGGCGUCCACUGCGGCACCGUCCGCGCCAAAGGUGCUACCGUCAACUACGCCGAGGGCUCCGUCACCGGCCUCACUCAGACCAACGUCUGUGCUGAGCCUGGCGACUCUGGUGGCUCUUUCUACUCGGGUUCGCAGGCUCAGGGCGUCACCUCGGGAGGUAGCGGCGAUUGCAGCCGUGGAGGAACGACCUUCUUCCAGCCUGUCAAUGAGAUUCUGCAAACCUACGGCCUCACCUUGGUCCGAGGCUAA